AUGGAUAACCUUCACAUGAGUGUCAUAGCUGUGGUCCUUUACUUUAAUCUUCCUGGAUCAGUGGGAACCAAGUCACAGUGGAUUCUUCUUGAUACACAUCACCAUUCAGACUGCCGGUGGGAUGGGGAGCUGUCAGUGAAUUGUUCUUUUACCGGAAUAUCUAUUGUUCCAGAAGAUGUAUCACAAACAGUAAUAACAGCUGAUUUUAGUUACAAUAAUAUUAAAACUUUUAUGCGCACUGAGGGAAGAAAUGAAGAAUGGGUGCUAAAACACCUGAAUCUCAGCAACAACCUGAUCUCUGAACUCUCCUUAACUGCUUUUAGAAAUUUACCUGUCUUAGAAACUCUAAACCUCAAUGGUAAUGCCAUUCACACCCUCACACUGGACGUACCUACGCCUGCACAUGGGUCUAAAAACUAUGGAAAAGGCUCUUGUCUCCUGCCUGCUUUGAAAGUAUUGUCCGUUGAGAGAAAUAACCUUAAUACUGUUCCAAGAGGUCUAGGUCUGCUGCAAUCUUUACAAACUGUCCACUUGUCAUCCAAUGGCAUACACCAGAUUGAUCUGAAUGAUUUUCAGAACUGUUCACAGCUGAAGGACAUCGACUUGAAAAAGAACAAGAUAACUAAAAUUCAUCCAUAUGCCUUCAGGGAUCUCAACAAAUUACAGUUUGUGGAUCUCCGUGAAAAUGCUCUGACAACCCCUUUACCACAGAUAUUAAUGAGUUUGAACUUCUUUCGACUUGAAGUGGAUUUGUCAAAUAAUGCCUGGAUAUUUAACUGUAAUGGAGUCUCUUGGUGGACACCUAAAGGCAGAAUUUCAAAAGAUAAUAGUCUUCCUCAUAUGACAGUGGAUAAAAUGAAUAAUUUAGUGAUAUACAAUGCUGAAAAAACUUCAGAAGGGUUAUAUUUGUGCAUUUGCAAUACAACAAAGACAUAUCUCAUCUACAAUAUACAGGUCAAAGAAAGGGCUUCAACAUUUUUGGUUAGAAAAGCCCGGGACACCAACACUGCUUUUAGAAAGGGAAGAACAGAGCAAGACUUUGUGCUGGCUGUCUGCCUCUCUGUGCUCAUUACGUUUGUUUGUGCUUUUUGUCUGGGUGCUUUUGCUAGACCCUACCUUGGGAGCCUGUGUAGACUGUUGCACAGGAAGAAAAAUCCAGAUUCAGAACAUUCUUACUCUAAUCAGGCUUUUUCAGAUGAAACCUUGAGCAGAGAGUGCUCUGCAAGCAAACCAACAAAUACACAGAGUAAUUUGUUCAUUUGUGAUGAGAAGUCUUCAAGAAGCACAUGCAUUUUUCCUAUAGAAACUUCUACUUUGCAUGAAAAUGUCAUUGAUAGCAGUGUACAUGCACCAAAUACAAAAGAAGAGUACCAGAAACAAGGCAAUAAUAAGGUCAACGGGAAGAAAAAAACAGUGCCUUCAGACAUCAAAACUAGUACCAGCAGUGAUGAAAAUAUACAUGUUGAUGAUAAUGGACUAUUUUCUGUAAGGAGAGAUUCUCCUGAAAUAAAAGGUAUCGUUUCACAGAAUGAACCCAUAAGCAUUACAAAAUUUAUGCCUGGAAGGCAAAGCUGUGAUGAACAACUUGGUCUAAAUGGCAAUAUAAAUGCAACAAGUGAUGUGGGAGAUUUUAUUUUACCCAGUAGCUGCAAGAGAGAGAAAAAUAUUGAGAAUUUAAGUGUCCACCAAACAAUAGAAAACUCUGCUCUUACCGAGUACAACUGUAAAAUGGAACAUACAAAUGAAAAAGAUACUUCAGCAGAUAUAUUUGGCAAUAGUUCAGAUGAAGGGAGUCUAUUCACAAUGAGUGACUGUAGUUCUCUGGCAGACUUUGAACUGGAACAACCUGCUGUGAGUGACAACCUGCCAGUCUGUCAGUUGUCACAAGAGCAAGCUGAUAUGAACAGUGAAACCAAGCAGUUGUUAACACUGCCAGAGCCUCCAAACAUUGCUGCUGAACUUAAACAUAUUGGGAAGAAUGAAGACAAGAACAAUGCCUGUUUUGAAACCACUAUUAAUUGUGGAUCAGAUACCAUCAUGCCUGAAACAGCAUCGGCUUACACUGAUAAAUGUAGUAACCGCGUGAGCAUGUCAGAUUCGGAUGCAAUUAGUUCUUCAAGUCAAGAAGCUCCUGCUAUGUUUGAUUAUUUUACUAAUGAAGAGUCAACAGUACAAAACUCUAUUUCUGAUUCUCUGCACAAUCAAAAUACAGAUUUUGGUAAUACAUUUCUUUCCUUAAACCUUUUUCCCACAUAUGACACAGAGAACACUCCUGAAGAGGGUGAAUUGCAGCUGUAUCAGUUUCCCAUUGAAACUCAGUAUUCCCCCCGAUUCAGUCCCACUGAACAAAAGGAAAAUGAACCAGAGGGAAAUACAGACAAGUGCAUAGACAGGAACUCCUCUGAAAAGAAUCAUGGUGAAGGGAACAUUACAUUACGAAGAAACACAAGUACGUCUAAGGACAAUUUUACUUUUGCUCCCGUUGAUACUGGUUUGAAUGAAAUUGUUAAAAAACCAUCAUUACUGCAUUCCAGCAAUGAGUCACCUCUUCAACUUCUGCCUGAACACGCAACUGAAAAACAUUUUACAGUUAUUCCUGAGAAGGAAGACUUGCCGCCAGAGGGGAAGCAGGUUAACACAACUAAGGUUUGUGCAGAUAAAAUGCAAAGAGGUUUUAAUGAGAAAAACUGGGAGGGAUACAUAGAAGUACAGGAUGCCAGCAACUGUAGUCUGCCCAAAGAAACACAGACUUUCAAUGCUACAGCAGCUCUGCUGCUUCUUCACUCUUCUGGGAAAACACAACCAGCCUUCAGCACAGAAGACUGUUUCCAACUGGAUCAGAGUGACGAGGAUGCAUAUUCCCUUUCAGUCCCACAAGGCUUCUUCAGUGAAAGCACACAAUACAGUUCACAUUCAUUCCCACAAAAGACUACAGGAAAUAUAAUCUCCAAAAGCACCAAUUCCAAGAUGGAGGAUGACACUACUUUGACAGGACUGGAGAACAAUUUUACAACAGCUGCCAACAACCAAAAUUCAAGUGAAAAGCUCAGUCAAAAACAUCAGACCAAUUUAGGACAGGGACAGUUUUUUGUUAAGAAGAAAAGAGCAUUUGAUGGAUUUGCUAAUGUUUUGCAAAGCAGGAGAACAAACUUCAAUAGUUGA